AUGACGACAGCAGCAGCACAAAAGUCAACAAAGAAGGAAGGCGACAUUUCAGACGCAUUUACAUCCCUCUCAGGCGCAAAGAGGGAACCCCUCCCCGAUCGAUUCCGCGAACUAAAGUGCGACCUCGUUCGUGGUCGGGAAAAGGAGAUUGUGGCAAGCUGGGGAAGACUCCUCCGACAGCUGAAAAGAGAAAACGAAAUUGUUGCAAAAAAGGGUCCUUCUGUUAUUCCUCAGGUCGAGUUUUCAGACUUUGAGAAGGAUGUUGAUGUUUUGAAGGAAGAGAUUAGGAAGAGGGGUGCUGUUGUUAUCAAGGGUGUUAUUCCAGAGGCUGAGGCGAGGGCUUACAAGGAUGAGAUUGAGGAGUAUGUCAAGAAGAAUCCUUCAACGAGAGGUUUUCCGGCUCAUGAUCCUCAGGUUUAUGAGUUGUAUUGGUCUGCUCCUCAGCUCAAGGCUCGCGCUCAUCCCAAUUUCUUGAAGGUCCAGCAACAUCUCAUGUCGUUCCUAUGGCACUCUUCAUCCCCUGAUACGCCCAUCUUUUUGGACCAGCCGUUUUCAUACGCUGAUCGCCUUCGUAUUCGACAGCCCGGUGAUGCCUCGUUUGCUCUGGGCCCUCAUAUUGAUGGCGGCAGUGUUGAACGAUGGGAGAAGGAAGGUUACGGCCGUGGAGGUGUGUACGACCGUAUCCUAGAAGGCAACUGGGAAGAAUACGAUCCUUGGGAUGCGAGUGGAAGAGUUGAAGCCGUCAACAACCUCUACGACGGUCUUGGACCUUGUUCCAUGUUCAGAAUGUGGCAAGGUUGGAUGAGCAUGAGCCACACAAAGCCAGCCGAAGGUACACUUCUAGUGAACCCCCUCAUGAAGCUAUCGACGGCAUAUGUCCUUUUGCGACCAUUCUUCCAGAACAAGAGAGGUCGUGCGUCGGCAAACUACCUCGAUGAGGAGAAUUGGGAGUUUAUGGGUGUUGAUGGUAUGACGAGUGAGCUUCAGGGAGCUACGCCGGGGACGGGUCAAGAGUGCACAGAUGAGUUGCAUCCGCAUCUGGAUCUUGAAAGGACCAUGGUGCAUGUUCCUGAGAUUCGGCCUGGAGAUUUUGUAGGCUGGCACUGCGACAGCAAGUUCCCUCUUCCUCUUGAUCUCGACAAAGUCCACAACGGAAAAGCAGACUCGAGCGUCCUCUACAUCCCCGUCUGCCCCGUAACCCAACAAAACGCAGAAUACCUCGUCCGCCAACGCGAAGCCUUCCGAAGAGGCACCCCGGGACCUGAUUUCCCCGGAGGAGCGGGCGAGUCGGGGCAUGUGGACCGGUCCACGGAGGAGAUGCUUCGGGGGUGGGCGGACGGUGUGGGGAGGAGAGCCAUGGGGCUGGAGAGGUUGGUUAUUGAUGAAGGGGCCAGGCCGGGAGCUAGAGAAGCUGUGGAGGCUUCGAAUGCGGCUCUUGGGUUUUGA